AGUUGGUGUAGUCCUUAAUAGUUGUGGAGAAGCAAGUUUUUUUUUACCGAUUAAAGAAAUUGUCCACAACAGGUGCCUCGAACACUAGCCAAGAUGUCUGGUAGGGCACGAGCAAGAUCACGAGGCAGAGCACGUGGUCAAGAGACCACUGCUCCUGGAGCGAGUCAGGCCCAGGAGCCUGCACCAGCUCCUGCCCCUGUUACAGGGAGGGAGCUGGUUGGUAGAGGGAGGCAGAAAACUACUCCAGGACCCUUUUCUGAAGAAGCUGUUCUACAGAUUUCAGCUGGAUUUCAGCAGGUGAAGCUGGGAGAAAGAGGUGGACACCGUCGUGAUUUUCAUGAUACAGGAAUUAACACCAGACAAGCAAUGGAGCAUGUGAAGGACUCAAAGACUGGUACAUCUGGAGCUGUUAUAAAGUUGUCAGCCAACUUUAUACGCAUCCUGUCCCGUCCCCAGUGGGUCCUGUAUCAAUACCACGUGGACUUCAAACCACCUAUGGAAUCACGGCGCCUGAGAUCUGCCCUUCUCUUCCAUCAUGAAGAAGUACUUGGUCCAGCACGCAGCUUUGAUGGAGCCCUGCUUUUUCUGCCUCAAAGACUUCAUAGCAAGGAGACUGUACUUCAUAGUGAGACGAGGAAUGGGGAGAAGGUUCAGAUAACUGUCACUUUGACAAAUGAGUUGCCACCUACAUCACCAGUGUGCAUUCAGUUUUACAAUAUCAUGUUCAGAAGGAUUUUGAGGAUUCUUAACAUGCAACAGAUUGGACGAAACUACUACAACCCUAAUGAUCCACUCAACAUUUCACAGCACAAGCUAACCAUUUGGCCAGGAUACACCACCACCAUCUUGCGCUACGAGUCGUCCAUCAUGAUGUGCACUGACGUGAGUCACAAGGUUCUGCGCAGUGAGACUGUGCUCGACUUCAUGGUUAACCUGAGACAGCAAUGUGGAAGUCAGCGCUACCCUGAGAUCUGUACCAAGGAGCUUAUUGGCCUUAUAGUUCUGACAAAGUACAACAACAAAACCUACAGGAUUGAUGAUAUUGCAUGGGAUCACACACCGACAAACACAUUCAAGAGGGGAGAUGCAGAAAUCUCCUUCAAGAGUUACUACAAGACUCAAUAUGGCUUGGAUAUCACAGAUGAGAACCAGGUGCUGCUUGUCAGCCACGUGAAGAAGGUGACUGUUGCUGGACCGACUCCUCCUGGGCCAGCUAUGCUUGUGCCAGAACUCUGCUAUCUGACAGGCCUGACGGACAAGAUGAGAAAGGAUUUCACCAUCAUGAAGGACUUGAGUACCCACACUAGACUGAACCCAGAUCAGAGGGAAAAGCGUCUGAACAGUUUUAUGGCCAACAUACAACGGAACGCUGAUGCUCAAGCAGAACUGGGCAAGUGGGGACUGAGCUUUGACAAGCAGCUACUAAGCCUGACUGGCCGUGUUCUUGGAGGGGAGAGGAUUUUCCAGGGAUCACGAUCGUACGAGUACAAUCCUCAGGCAGCUGACUGGUCCAGAGAAAUGCGUGGGAUACCUCUCAUCAGCUCGCCUUCACUGAAUGACUGGCUCAUAUUUCAUGCCCCUCGAAACAACAUGGAAGCGCAGUCCCUCCUGCAGACCCUUAACAAAGUCUCAGGUCCACUCGGCAUUCGUAUGCAGAGAGCAGUUGUGAUUGAGUUUGAAGAUCGUCAGUUGUCUCUCCUCAAGGCACUGCAGCACAAUGUUGGACCUGAAACACAAAUGGUGGUGGUAAUUCUUCCAAACAACAGCAAGGACAAGUACGACAGUGUUAAAAAGUAUCUUUGUGUGGAUUGUCCCACCCCAAGCCAGUGUGUGGUGGCCCGUACCAUCAGCCGUCCUCAAACGCUCAUGACUGUGGCAACAAAGAUUGUGAUGCAGAUUGCUUGCAAAAUGGGAGGUGAACUCUGGAGCGUGGAAAUCCCUCUCAAACAGCUGAUGAUCGUUGGCAUUGACUGCUACCAUGACACCACUGCUGGGAAACGGUCGAUUGGAGCUUUGGUGGCCAGCCUCAACCACACCAUGAGCAGAUGGUACUCAAAAUGUGUUCUGCAGCACAAAGGUCAAGAAAUCAUGGAUGGACUGAAGAUGGCACUAAGUGGUGCACUGAAAGAUUACCAGAAGUUCAACAACUGCCUGCCUUCACGCAUCAUAGUGUAUCGCGAUGGUGUAGGGGAUGGCCAACUACACAGCGUGGUCAAUUAUGAGGUUUCACAAAUCAUGGACUCCAUCAAGUCCGUAGGUCAAGACUAUGAGCCCAAGCUGAGUGUAGUGGUGGUAAAGAAGCGAAUCAGCAGCCGCUUUUUCACCCAGAUUGGCGGCAAGAUGACUAAUCCUCCUCCAGGUACCGUCAUUGACACAGAGGUCACCCGCCCAGAGUGGUACGACUUCUACAUAGUGAGCCAGUCUGUUAGGAAUGGAAGCGUAGCACCAACACACUACAACGUUGUGUAUGAUACCAAUGGUCUGAAGCCUGAUCACAUGCAGCGCCUCACCUACAAGCUGUGCCACUUGUACUACAACUGGCAGGGGAUCAUCAGAGUGCCUGCUCCCUGCCAGUACGCACACAAGCUGGCUUUCCUUGUGGGGCAGAGUAUUCACAAGCAGCCCAGCGUGCAGCUGGAUGACUACCUUUUCUAUCUUUAAAAAAAAAACCAGUCCGUCCGGUUCAAGCUAACGUUGGCUUACCCAGAGACUCAAGUUUAUGUUGA